GUGACGUCACCGCCCCGCCCCUUCCCGCCCUGCCCCGCGCCCGGAAGGAGAAUCGCGCGCGGCGGAGGGAGACGUGGCGGCGGCGCGAUGAUCACGGACGUGCAACUCGCCAUCUUCGCCAACAUGUUGGGCGUCUCGCUCUUCCUCCUCGUCGUCCUCUACCACUACGUGGCCGUCAACAACCCCAAGAAACAGGAGUGAUGCACACGGGCCGCACACAUAUGGAUGGCUGACGGGGAGGAGCGGCGCCCGGGGCCCGGCCGUGCCCGCGGCGGGGCCGGACACAGACCGGGGGCCGCGGCCCUUCCGAAUGGACUUUAACGGAAACACGAUAAUACAAAGCCAAAAAACGUG